AUGAAGCUAUCCAAAUUCAGAACUAACAGGUUAGAAGUUCUACAGCCAGAAGAUGAUAUUACUCCAAAUUCCACUGAACUCGUCUUAGAUGAAGAAGCCAAAACUUUGGGUAUCCUAUGGAAUCCAAAGACAGACGCUUUCCAUUUUCGAGUGACCAACCAACCAAGCGGAGAAAAUCCUACGAAACGCUAUAUUCUUUCAACGAUUGCAAGAAUCUUUGAUCCGUGUGGACUAAUCGGACCGAUUGUCACAAUAGCAAAAAUCAUUCUGCAAGACGUAUGGGAGACUGAGGCUGAUUGGGACACUCCAAUCCCUAAUGUGUUGGAAAAAAGGUGGCAAAUGUUUGUUGAGGACUUAGCAGAUAUUGAACAAAUCCAAAUCACAAGAUGGAUAUCCACAAUCAGUAAUCCAAGUCAUCGUGAGCUCCACGCAUUUUGCGAUGCUUCGAAAACCGCUUAUGGAGUCUCAAUUUAUUUGGUCUGCGAAGAUACUCAUGCCUCUCGGUCGUCAAGUUUAUUGGUUUCGAAGUCCAGGCUCAUGCCAAUCCCAACAAAGAAGGGUGCGACUCCUACAAAAAUUACAUUGACGAUACCAAAGGCAGAACUCAGUGGAGCAGAAUUAGCCACGCAAGUAAUGAACGCUGUCUCAAAAUCAUUGGGAAUAGAAAGAUGUUUCUUUUGGACUGAUGCAAUGGUUAUCCUGCAUCAAAUACAUUCGCCAAAUCGUCCAAGAGAGGUAUUUGUACGGCAUCGGGUAUCCAAAAUUCUGAGUUUGUCAACAGCAUCCCAAUGGCGACAUGUGCCUACGUCGCAUAAUCCCGCAGAUGUCCUUUCACGUGGUAGCAGAGUCAAGGCACUUGCCUCUAAUAAGUUGUGGUGGAGUGGACCUGAGUGGUUGCUGAAGACGGAAGAAAAUUGGCCUCAAGAAUUUUGUCCGGGAAAACCCAACCUGUGUUGUUCGGAGACUUUGGCGGGUAUGGGAUUAUCAACUACAGUGGAUCCAGACAUGAUUGUUUACGAUCGUCUGUUGGAACACCAUGGUUCAUUUUUGAGGAUCAGUAGAGUUCUCGCAUGGAUUUUUCGAGCAGUUUCCAUUUUCAAGAGCAUGAGAAUACGCCGAACCCGAAAUUCUGUUAUGAUUUUUCCUGAGAAUUUGCAGGUCACAGAGUUAGAAGAAGCGGAAGUUCGCAUAUUAAAGUGGGAUCAGAAAAGGCACUUGAAAAAUGUUCGUGAUUUGGUCAAGGCUAACCGCCUGAAUUCGAUGCCUAGCCCUAUGCGAAAACUGCGUCCCUUUAUUUUGGACUGA